GUGCUGUUGAGCGACUUAUGCUCCUUCGCGAGUUGUACCAGAUAUAAUUAAGUAUACAAGCUAUUGACAAAUGUAUUGGAUAUUGACGGUCAUAGUUUACUAUUUAUAUCAUUUUGAAUUCCAAACCGGCUUUCGCGUCAGCUCGUUAACCCACAUCGUACAAAAGUUGCUGCUUGUAAAUGCCUGAGUCAGUAAUUGCUAACAUUGAAAAUGUCAAGAAAGUAGCAGAUCAUAUACAAAAAAUGAUAAGUAUCGUACCAGAAAUUGGGAUCAUUUGUGGAAGUGGUCUGGGGAAGUUGGCUGAUGGGGUGAAAGAUAAAACCAUAAUUCCAUACACAAAGAUACCCAACUUCCCUCAAACGUCUGUUAUUGGACACUCCGGGAACCUGAUAUUUGGAACUCUGAGCGGCCGAAAAGUAGUCGUAAUGCAAGGACGGUUUCACAUGUACGAGGGAUAUACCAAUGACAAGAUCGCUCUUCCCAUACGCGUGAUGAAGUUAUUGGGAGUCAAAAUUCUUAUGGUUAGUAAUGCUGCUGGUGGUCUCAACAGAAGUCUCAAACUUGGUGACUUCGUGAUCUUAAAAGAUCAUAUUUAUCUUCCUGGACUGGGAUUAAAUAAUGUUUUGGUCGGACCGAAUCAUGAGGAAUUUGGUCCUCGAUUCCCAGCACUUUCGGAUGCUUAUAACAGUGACCUGCGAAAACUGGCUAUGCAAGUAGCUGUAGAAAACGGAUUUGGGGAUUCGGUUCACCAAGGUGUUUACGUGAUGAAUGGUGGUCCUUGUUACGAAACACCUGCUGAGUGCACAAUGCUUCUUAACAUGGGUUGUGAUGUAGUCGGUAUGAGUACGAUUCCGGAAGUUGUAAUUGCUCGGCACUGUGGAAUUCAAGUGUUCGCCGUUUCACUAGUUACAAAUAUAAGUGUGCUGGAUGUUGAAAGCAGUGUGAAGGCGAACCACGAAGAAGUCUUGGCCACAGGUGCUCAACGUGCUGAAUUGAUGCAAUCAUGGUUUGAAAAGAUAAUCGAAAAACUGCCCAAGGAUUGAAUUGGAUGUUACGCUUAAUAUUUUGUGCAAUGAAUUAUACUUUGUGAAGAAUGUUUCUAUGUUUGUACCCUUAUUGAAAUGAAUAUUUUAGCUUAUAAAGUGCUCUGUCUAGAAAACGACUUUGUUCUGUCUGUCUUUAGCAAAUUUCAUAUGUGAGAACCGCAUCGUUGACCCCAUCGUGUUGAUGCGGUAAUGAUGCCGUUGAAAUAUUCAUGCAGUUUAGUUCGUAUACAUUCUGUCGACAAAUCACGUCGAUACGUUGUAGAUAUCAAAAGUUGAAUACGAGUUUUAUUUAUGAUACUCACAUUUUAAACAUGUUGAAAUUGAACGGCAGAAAAGGAAUGAAAGAUCUAGCGAAUUUAUGAAGAAUCGGCGUUUGGUAGUGCACUGACUCGACGAACAAUGAAAUGACUCGGCUUUCGUAAGCCACUUAAGAAGUACAGAAAGUGGAUAGAAAAAUAAAUAUUAUCAUACGCAUGAGCAUGAAAAAUGAUUAGAGCCACAGUUGAACAAGUAUCAACAGUAAAUUUAUAAGUGACGAAAUAACUGAACUGAUUAGACACAUUUAUCUGUCAAAAGUCUGAAUAAAUCACAUGGCACUAUAACAGUAGUUAAUGCUGUUUAGAUUUUCUUGUUUUGAUUGUUAACACUUUGUCGACGAU